AUGGCUACGGCUGAGAAUGUCUCAGAGACUCGGUUGGGCGAUAUAAUGCCAAUCCGCCAGACAAUCCCUAUCCGAAUGGGCCUGGAUCGCUCAGUGGUCGCUAGUGGUGGCUUCAUGGAUUUGUUUGUUCAGGAAAGAAGUCACCUCUCAGCGGUGCCAACCGCCGUCACACGAUACCUCGACGGUCUUAAGAGCAGCACACAACCACUUUUCCCUCUGCGAGUCGACGCCAAAAACCCUAAGUCGUUUGGCGUGUUCCUUGGGAGUUUGAAUAUUACACCGACCCUAGAUCAGGCUCGUCUCCUGUCACAGUGGGACAUUGUCGUCCUGGAUCCUCUGCAAGCCGGAGUACUGGACGCUGUGUCAUCUCAAUGCAAGUCCACGCACGUACUUGGCCGGCUGGACGUGGGGAUGAUCCUACAAUCCAAUGGUGGCUCUGAUGGUUCCGACGUGAUUCGGUCCUUAGACAUCAUCACCAAGACUCUCCUCACGUCUUUCAAGCGUUCACAGGAUACACAAUCACACUUUACCGGCGUACUUUUGGCGCAGUGGCAAACGUAUAUGCAGCUAGUCAUCUUCAACGAACUCAUCAAAUUCUUGCAUGGCUCCGGACUCGACGUGUAUCUCGAGGUCUCCUCGCCUGCCGUCCAGGCCGAGAGCCAAUAUCGAGACACUAAUAUGGAACUCAUCAAGGGGAUUGUUUGUCGCAAUGGAUCAAUCCUCCCUGAUGGAGACAGACGCAAUUUCUUCCAGUCGGCUGAUAUGCGUCCCGCUUUGAGGAAUCUGGUGGCACGGUCACAAAGGGAUCCUGUUAUCAUGAUGUGGGAGACUAUUGACGACAAUGUGGAGGUGACACCUGCUGUGGUGCAACGGAGUUAUACUUGGUGCAAGUUUUACAACGCGAUCAGCUGGAUUGGGCCCAAGGCCGCGUUGACCGACGCAGAGGUUGCGGCAACGAAGACUUUGACCGAAGAACCCUCAGCAGCCCUGAUGUGGUUGAAGAGAGACGAGGUUAUGAAGGCACAUGAGCGGUGGCGGUCUAAUGAUGAGGUGAGGCAUUCAAUUGGAAAUCCGAACUAUGCACCAACUAACUGUUGGGACCAGAUCAGCCAGGUAGCUUGCGGCGAUCAUGCGAUAUACGAUUCUUUACAGUCGUUUAUUCCCAAUCUGAGAGUCAAGCUGUCCCUGGGCCCACCCCGUAAUGAGGAGCGAGUCGAAAGCCCCACUACUGCCAUGACCGAUGGAUUUGAUUGGACAUUACCAAUCCAUCCCGGGCAGGCCAACCCUUUCUCGUUCUCCCCACGCGGCUAUAACUACACAGGACUAGGGUGCUUCCCGAUCGGCCUUGAUUGUUCGUCAGAGGAUUUUGAGGACCAGGUUCAAACACAGCGCCGCCUUAGAGAUCUCAACCUGUUGAAACCUGUUGAGCAGAAAGAGCUUCAUCGUAUUGGCGAACAACUAUCUGCCCUGAACCAGUCACACAGUUCCUGGGAAAGGACAGUGCAUGAGUCCCAAGCUGUUAGGGAGUUGCUUUACGCACUGAGCGCUAAUAAUGAUGAUAACCACAGCCUCCUCAGGGUGUAUAUAGGCUUGGACUCGGGGUUCCGUACUGGCUCUGAUGCUCAAUUUUGGGGCCUUUACGACGUCGAUCCCGCCUCAGGUUUCACGGAUCUCUUUAUUUCGGGGAAGGCACGUGACCUGCCGGGCACAAUCCUGCACACCUUCAUGUCCAGCAGGAAUUGUACUCGAGCACAAUGCUUUAUGGCUGAAACUUCCCUUUCCAAGCAGACUGGCAGUUUGACAGAGACCUGGGAAUUGCCUCCACGGCUCCUGCAGGACUUGGAGGUGCUCACUCCGACAGAGUCAAUCUUGUUCAUGCAGCACCUGGACCGCUCGAACUGCGAAGAAUGCCUGAUACUCUCAGCAAAGGUACGAUCUCGUUGCAAGUACCAGCUUAUGGAGGUUCCGUCACUCGCCCAGCUCAGAGCCUUGAACGCAACUGCGUACCUACGUGGCGAGGUUUCGGCGGAUGACCUGGUCAAAUCUCGCCUUGCUUGGUAUCAAGAACGAGGUUGUCAGCACCCUGAUCCCUUGGCUGCCGUCUCCCUCUUCACUGAAGUUAAUGCUCGCAUGCCGGGACUCCUCUUGAGUGGACAAAUUGAGCUUCUUGCGGAGCUCGCACACGUCAUCGAAACCGUCUUGCAGAAGAAGCGGAUCGACGCCAGCGCAGACCUCUUUGCGCUGUCGGUGUUCUGCUCGAUCCGCAAACUGGCCCUCGAAGAAGUGUAUUUGGAGAUUAUGGACCGCAAUCCUCUCCCAAACUCUCAAUCAGACCAAGCCGCCUGCUUCGCUGAAAUGUUCGCAUUGGGCGCGCGCUGCGAGUCGUACUUCGGCAUGACCCCUAAUAGCUUGGGACAGAUUCUGUCCAACAAAUACACUGCCUACUAUAAAGUGCACCAACCACCACCGCCCGAGGAUGGAUUCACCGAGCUUCCGACGGCAUAUGCAUCCACACAAAUUGACUUGGAUCCGAAUUACGGUCCACCACAAAUACCCAAUUACUACCAGGCGACUUUUCUUGGCAUUUUUGCUGUUCCCGCACUUAUUGAUAUCCUCUUGCUUACGACCAUCGGACGUGGUCUCUAUCUCACUGCCUAUAUGACCCAGCUUGAGAAAUCGAUGGCCACUACUGCUCUUAUGGUAUCUCUUCUUGUCUGCGGCGCGAUCGGCUCAUGGAUUGGCUCCGGAGGCAGCUACUACCUUCACUCUAUGGCCUUUUCUGCGAUGAACAUGUAUGUGCUUUCUCGGUUAAUUGGGGGCAUCGCGUUGACCCUUGCGGGUGGUCUGCUGGCCUUAAUAAUUAUCGGGUUUGUCAAGGGACUCUACGCUGGGCUUAUUUUCUUCCUUUAUUUCUUCCUUCUAUCCAUGUAUCUUACGGUGCUAGCGGCUCUCUCCAUAUACCAAUUUCCAGGUUUCAUGUUUCAAUCAGGAAGAAUCGGCAUUAUGAGAUGCAUACCGAUUCUGUUCAUCUCGCCCAUUAUCACGCUAUGGGUUCCUGGGCACGAUGCCCUAAUAUAUCUCCUCGUAAUAACAGCCCUCCUCAUUUCGCUCCUACUCGAAACCCGACAGGCCGUCUCGCAAUGGGGCACGUGGUAUCACAAAGUCCCUUGUAUCACAGACAACGAUAUCGUCGACUGGUACAGCAAGACAAGAGCAUCGAGUAAGGCGAGUUCCGCUCUGCUAGAGGGUGUGACAGAGAAGCAGCUCCCACGUAAAGCUCUCUUGGCCGCCGUCUUCAAGGAACGGAAUCGCCGACCCUGGACCAAGCCGACGACCGAUGAGUUCAUUUUGCGACUGGCAGAGGGAUAUUCCUCCACAACCUUUCUGCUGGAUUGGUACUGCAAGUACACAAGAACGCAGAUGCCCUACGCAUAUAGCUCAACGUGGAAUCUCACAACCAAGGCCGCCACCGAGACUCUGCGGGACAUACAGAAGGGUGUUAAGCUCCACAAUGCGUUCGUGCAUUGGCGCCAUGCUGGCGACGAGGUGUGGUGUGGCGUCUUCUAUUUUCUUAUUGCUCUCCUAGACAAGUGGGUUGCAAUGCUAUCUGGUGGCUCAAUCGUGGGUCUUUCUGCUGCGACCGACAAGACAUAUCGCAUGGCAGUGGGCUUUGGCUUGGCCUACUACCUUAUAGGUGCCGUCGUCCUCGACAGUGUCUCUCAGCCUCUGUGGCAACUAGCGAACAAGACCAUUCCUCAGCCCAUACGAUCGAUGAAAUUCCUUCACGAGGCUUCCAUAAAAGAUGCAGAAGCGAAACGAAAGCUCUACUGGACAUCUCUUACAAAGUUCUUCUUCGUACACAUCUGGGGCAUGUCUGUGACUGCAGCGCUCAUGUGGACAUUCGACAACUCUAAAGACGCGACGGUGAUGUACCUUGCCUAUAUUGUCGCCUACACGGGUCUCCUUUGGUACCAGUUCAACAGAAUCUUCACUGGAACGCUCGCGUUGAAAGAUCUCAUUGCAGCUCUGUGCAUUGGCUUGCCGACUGGUCUUCUUCUCCAUCAUCUCCUGCCGCGGUUUCCGUACAGCAGCGUGAUUGCUCUGGCUGUGGGAGCCUGGACGGCCGCCCUUCUCUCGAUAUGGACUUCUAACGUUGGGGUGCCGAAAUUUAAAGAUGAGCCUAGCCUGAUACCAGCACCAGAACACCAUUUUCAUGAUGCCAUCGGGCCCCAUUCCCGACUGUCUCAGACGGCUCUAUCGGAAACAUUUGAUUCUAUCUGCGCUCUCCCCGACGAGUUUCGCUACAAACUCGAUCCAUCGAGCCACCCUGGCGUCGAAAUAAUGGAUAUUCUGACUUCUCGAAGCGACGCCCGUCACUCGAAGCUUGUGCGAGACGCCUUUCGGUUGCGAAAACAAAUGCUACGGCGGAUUGCAGAACACUGGAGAAAGGGUGAGACUGUGGUUGAACUCGUAUCUGUGCGCCAUCUCAAUCAGCAAGAUCAGAUGAUUGAAGCCAUAAGUCGGACUACAGGAAAUCGGCUGCACAUCUUUGUUUGUAUCGGCCUUGACCUCGUGGGACAAGAAUGGAUAAUGGACAUUCGCGGCAAUUGCAACGUUAUUGCAGAGGCUAUUAUACAUGCCACUGCUGAAUCUGUACUUGGGCUGUCACAUGAACAUUCGACGUUCGCCGAACUGUUGGCCGUAACCCCCAAGAGCGAGGACGGACUCCCUAUCCCUGAAGGCCGCAAGCGUCAGCUCAAAAAUGCCGCCGUUGAGCGAGCAAGCAUCAUCAGAAAUGGAGACAAGGAAAUGCUUCGGCAUCUCCUUCUCGGCUUGGACUGCGACAAGGAUUGGGACAGCCUCCCGAGCACUAUCAGGGCCUUUCUCCUCAAAAGAUGUUUGGGAGAUGCGCCUCCCGUUUCUGACGAUCAAAUAAGCUGGAUUCACGCACGGUUCUGCCGGGGCAAUUCUCUAGACGUGGACGAGUACGUAGCUCGCUGCAACCUUGGUGCCUCUUUGACAGCUCUUGUCAAUUCUUUUGCUGAGACAUUAGAGGCAGAGCACACUAACGGUUUUCAACAAUAUUCUCCUUAUCCGAGCCACGAGAAAUGCCUGGAGUCUCCCUUGAAGCACAGCAUCGAUGAUUUGGAUGGAAGUCGCCUUGGGUUCCUCAAGCUUCCACUAUAUCGAAUCUACCAAGGUCUGAGGAUUUGCAUUAAAUUCUUGGUUGUCUGCCUCGUCGCUGAUCCAGAAUUCCAGAGGGAGUUGGAUUACGUUAUGUCUACAAAACCUUGGAUCAUUCGCUGGCCUGUGACGUUCUUCCUUGACGGGUUUUGGAUGUACUGUAAAAUGCUGCAAGGAACUAUCCUUCCCAUUUUCCUGCUCCACGGUCGUCAAAAGGUCUCCAAGCUCUAUAAUGACAUGAAGGGGACCAAGACAGUGAUCAAGAAGGAUAGGAUUGUCAUCGAAAACCUUAGCGGUGUCUCGACAGCUUUCCUCACAGCUCAGUCCGACGGUCGAUCUGAGCUCCGUCAAUAUUCCGGCAACCACGACCAAGAACCCAAAGACCUCAAGGGCAUUAUGGCCAUCAAUACAUAUACAGACAAGCUAGUUCUUUGCCGGAGGUCGGAGUAUGCCGUCAACGGGUCUCUUGUCAACGUAUUUACAUACGAAAACCCCAAUUUUCAGGAUGGGCAGAAUUCAGGAUCGAAGCUCGCACUCCAACGUCACUGCAUCAAGGGGAACCUCGAAGGCCAAAUGGUCCAGUUUGACAAAACGGGCCACAUGACGUCCGGAUCCUUCAUCAAAAAGGAUGAGCUCGUUGAGUUCAACUUCUCAUACCGGAAAAAUGCCAAGUUCGAAGACGAGCUUCUCCGAGCUGAGUAUUUCUUCCUGGAUGUCAGCAUCAAAGUGUCAUGGAGCGCGCCACCUGUAAAUCAUUCAGAGAUGUUGGAUAAAUGGGUUCCCAACCCCAAGGUCUUGGAAGCUACGUUCGUCCAAGGCUCACUGAUCUACCACAGCACAUGGGACUAUGACCAUAGGUUCCACCCUACUAUCUCAACAACACUCAACGGCGAAAUGAUCAAUACCCCGCCAAUGAUACGAGAUGACUGGUUUGAUGUUCUGAAGAAACCGACCAAUUGUAGCAUCUUGAACGACAACCCGCUCUCCUCCUUUGGCUCGGUGAGCGCCAGCUUUAUCUCGCGCUUGCUUCGUCGCAAUAUCCGGUGGUACCCAAUAUCAACGUCGCGUGCAAGGACUCAUCUCUGGAAAUCCUGGAAGUCCGGCAAGGAAUAUGACGCCGUAACUGCCAGAUGGCUUGACGAAAUCGCAUUGAGAUCAGAUCCUAUCAUGAAACCGUACUGGAUUGCACGGGACAUGGGCCGUCUCUCCACCGCAGAGAAUUAUCUCAGCUCGCAAGCCGAUACCGUCAUGGCGAGAAUCGAUCUUGAACCCGAGAUCAGUAUGUGGACAAACAUUGCGUUCAAGAUUAGUGACCUCUCUAGUUUUGGCCAGGGCGGUGACACCAGGAUCAACACAAGAUCUCAGGCAACCCAGUUGACUGACAGCGACACUGAACUCCACGUUCUCGCCUCGGAUACAGGGACUUGGCCUAACGAAAGUGGAGGCGUCUCUGCCUGCCGCCGAGACAUGGUCAAUAAUCUUCAGAGUGUCAGGUGGCACGUCAUCGCUGAAUCGGCGAAUGACUUCGGUGUACCCAGGUUUCAAAUCGAGAAGAACGUGCACUCGCUUAAGGUGUUGCCUUUAUGGGGCCUGGACUUUCUCACGCCUACGCACGGUAUCUUUCAAGACUGCCUCGACUCGGCGGUUCAACGGAAAGCUUAUGAUACGCUAACAGAGGAUAUCAUACAAAACUUCAUUCCAAUCCUUACCUCCUUGGUCAGAACUUCGAGAGCGAUUCACAUCGGCCCUGCGCAGGUGGAAGAGGCUACCAAGGCUCUAGUGGACUUGAAUACAUACUUCGAGUCUGGUCGGCACUGGGGUACCGUAUGGAUGAGCGACAUCGUUAAGAAAGCAUGGCGACAACUCUGGCUGUGUGAAGAUGUGGAGAAUGCAACGCCUUUGUCAGAGUGGUUGGAAGCAGAACGCCCGACGCUGAUGCACCUUGAUAAUGCCCUGGACAUGUGGCAUCGCUAUUUACUUGUCUUUUCCAUCCCAGUUCCGGAAAAGAUCCCGGAUGUUUUCCAGGCAUCCCAUCACUUCACCUCUGCCUCCUACGGUGUUGUGUGUAAACUCAAGCGAAAUUGUUCCCUCCACGUAUGGGACCACUGCAUCAGCUGGAGAGAAGUUACCGUGUUCUUAUCCUCGGCCAUGUCCUUUGACUCUCCGUUUGUGCGCACUGCGCUGAUUUCUCUCUCACGCAUGGCAGCCGUUGUUGUCCUACGCCAUGCAGAUGCCGUGCUCCCAUGCGCCGACUUCUUCAAUCCUGGAUGGGAAGUAGAGAUUGGGACGGGUCAAGGUGCUCUGGAGCAUCGUCGAGCUUUCGCCCGAAGGAUCGACCCGGUAGUCAAUGGAAUCCCGGACGUGCACAAGUUUAAGCCUAUCGAGAAGAUCAAGUCAACCAAACCCACAGCGACUAUGCUAUCUCAUAUUAGAUAUGUCAAAGACAUCAAAAACGCCAUCUUAGCCGCCGACAUUAUCGUCAAUCAAUGGGGUUUUAAUGACUACCAACUUGAAAUUUACGGAGAUAUGGAAAAGGCUGCGAGUUACUCUGUCGAGUGUCAAGAGCUUGUCGCUUCAAGAUCACUUGGGAAUAAUGUCGCUCUUAGAGGUUUGGGCAACCCAUCUAAAGUCCUUGAAGACACCUGGAUUUUCUUGAACUCGUCAAUUUCUGAGGGUCUACCCUUGGCUUUGGGAGAGGCCGCCCUUACGGGAGCGCCGGUUGUUUGUACUGAUGUCGGCGCCUCACUCCGUGUCUUCCAGAAUCCUUCCAAUGGCAAACGCUACGGUUCGGUGGUCGCUCCCAACGACGUCGUCUCGCUUGCAAGAGGACAAAUCAGAAUGCUCGCCUUGCUCGACGAAUUUAGCGAGUUUGCCGGAGACGAGGAGGGAUAUCAUGCAAAGUUGCCGCCGAAUCCCACCAAAGAAGAGGUGCAGCAGAUCCAGAAGAGGAUGUACGAGAAAACCGAAGAACGCCGCGCUCUCGGGAUGCUGUCCCGAUCCCUUGUACUCAACAGCUUUUCUCCAGAGCGAUAUCUUCGAGAACACGAACAGAUGCUCUGGAUUGGUAAAUACCAAAGCAAGAGCUACCGCCACAGAGUCCACACACACCAUUCCGCCAAUUUUAGCGAAAACUCGACCUUGCCCGCUUCCAGUGGCGUGUCAACGUUCCGCGAAGGCACUGGGAAGUCAUUCCGGGAUUCCAGCGCGAUGUCAUCGUUGCGCAAUUUCGGUGGACCUUGA